AUGAGAGCCUUCGAUGAGCUUCGGAGGCUGGAGAUUUUCUUCAAAGACGAAAGAAGACACGGCGUUUCCAUUGCUGAUCUCUACGAGCUUGUUCAGCACGCUGGAAAUAUAUUACCUAGACUGUAUCUGCUUUGCACGGUAGGAUCUGUUUACCUUCGAUGCAAGGAUGCUCCGGUAAGGGAUGUUCUUAAAGAUCUAGUGGAAAUGUGUCGCGGUGUUCAGCAUCCAAUUCGCGGUCUGUUUUUGAGGAGCUACCUUUCUCAAGUCAGUAAAGAUAAGUUGCCUGAUAUUGGAUACGAAUACGAAGAGGGGGAAUCUAAUGAUGUGAUGGUUGCAGUUGAAUUUGUUCUACAGAAUUUCACAGAAAUGAAUAAGCUUUGGGUUCGGUUGCAGUUGCAGCAUCAGGGACCCGAUCGGAUAAGAGAGAAGAGGGAAAAAGAAAGGAACGAGCUGCGUGAUCUUGUAGGGAAGAAUCUACACGUUCUGAGUCAGAUAGAGGGUGUGAACCUUGAGAUGUACAAAGACACCGUCCUUCCCAGUGUCUUAGAGCAGGUUGUCAACUGUAAAGAUGAGCUUGCUCAAUUUUAUCUCAUGGAGUGCAUAAUCCAGGUUUUUCCAGAUGAGUACCAUUUGCAGACACUCGAGACACUGUUAGGUGCUUGCCCCCAAUUGCAGGUGGGUAACAUGAUUAGAUUGGAAAUCGAUAACGUUUUCCUUGUACUUGCAUUUCUCCCUUCAGAGUUUUGGAUGGUAAGACCUCUUAGGCUUCUCACCUUGAACAUUGGCUUGUUGGAUAGGGUUAUGAGGUUUGUCCUUUAUGAUUUUAAUGAAUUGCUUCUCUAUUACCACUCUUGUAGCAAAACUUGA